CUCUCACACACGCAGACCGGACCACCGGAAACCAAGAACAGAACUACCCGAAAGGAAAAAAAAAGUCUUUAAUUUCCCACCUUUUUCUGUCGCAGAAAGAGGAGGGAAAAAAAAUUAUUCCGGAGGAGCGCCGGAGGAGCUGACCGCCUCGGCGGCAGGGAACCAGCGCCGCCGCCGGAGGGCCUCCUGCGUCGCGGUGGUGGUGGUGGUGGAGGAGGAGGAGAAGGUGGGGGUUGGGGGGAGGAAGCGCCGAAGCGGUUCUCCGUGGGAUCCUCGGUGAGAAGCUUCUAGAAGCUGUUCUCGGAGGCUGAGCGAGUGGGAGGGCAGGGCGAUCUAGGCGCGCGGAGGAGGCGCUGGGCAGGAGGGCUUGUAGAUGCCGGCGCCCUCCGGGAUUUGAAUGGAAGGCAGAUCUCGAGGGGGAGGGAAGUUUCUAGAAGCGGGGUGAGGCGAGCCGGGCGGUUAGGGGUUGGUCUGGUGGCCGGAGGAGCGAUGGCGGGGUGCUCGGAGUGGGGAGGGGGAGGAGAUGGGGAGGAGGCAUGCUGCGGCGUUGGGGAUACCUCGCCGGGGACCAUUGUGUGGGUGCGGCGGAGGAACGGGUCAUGGUGGCCCGGCAGGAUUCUGGGGCCCGACGAGCUGCCGCCGUCGCAGAUCAUGUCGCCAAGGUCCGGCACGCCGGUCAAGCUUCUUGGCCGUGAGGAUGCCAGCGUCGACUGGUACAACAUUGAAAAAUCAAAGCGUGUAAAAGCAUUUAGGUGUGGGGAAUUUGAUGCAUGUAUUGAGAAGGCAGAGGCUACUGAAGGAAAUUCUCUGAAGAAAAGAGAGAAGUAUGCACGUAGAGAAGAUGCUAUUCUUCAUGCUCUUGAAUUGGAGAAGAAGUUGCUUGCAUCGAAGAAUCAGGCUCAAGGUUCCAAACCUGCUAGUGUCCCUGUUUGCUCUAAACAUAACAAAGAUCUUGGAAGUACCCGCUACAAGAGCAAAAAGAGUAAGAAACGGAAGGGUAUAUCCACUUCUUCUGAUACAAAAAAAGAGGCUGAGCAAUAUUUUCCCCAUGCUGGCUCAAAGGGAAACUUUCUAGAUUCUCCUACUCGGGUCAUUUCUGACAAUCCAUUGGGUAAUCACUUGGGAGACAUCUCCCAUGUAAGACAUAUUCAGGCCGGAGCAAGUUUAGAGAGCAAGGAGAAAAUCACAACUGUGGAAAAGAUUAGAUCAGAUGGAAGUGAUUUUGAUGAAUCUAUUGAAAAAAGUGAUAAACGCCAAGCACUGGUUCAGAUUUUGCAGAGCAGUCCAAAAUUGCCUCAUCAGUCACAGCACAAUGAUGACUAUGGGGAUGUCCCAACUCAGGGAGAAAUGGAUCGAUCGCCUGCCAAUUACCGGGCUAAAAGAAGUAGAUAUGUAUUCUUACCCACUGAUUCUGGUGAUACUUACAGUCAUAGUGAUUUACCUUCCAUACAAGUGGCUUCCACAGGAGGUGAUUUUGAUACUGAAAGUUAUCUUCAUCAUCCUGCUUCUUUUUCUGAGGAGCAGACAUCUUCUGAUCUAGUUGAGAAGCACAUAUCUGAGUCUUCAGAGAGGGAAUGCUCUGAGAGUGAGACGGAAGAUGAUGCUGAGCUUUUACAAAGUUCAAAUUUGAUUCUGCAUCCAGCAUCAAAUGCCCAUGAUCCUUAUUUCCUUCCAGCUUCUGAAAAGUUCAGGCAUGUGGACAUUGAUGCUGAUGCUGAUGAGCUGACUUAUUCUUCUUAUAUGUGUCAAGUGAAUGAAUCAGAAGAGGAUGGCUCUUCUGAGCUGGGUGUCUCCCAAUGGCAUAUGAAAGGUAAACGUAAUAGCCGCAAUGCACCAAAGAGAUUGGAUACGACAGAUGGAUAUCCCUGGUUAGACAAAUCAGAUAGUUUCAUGGAUGGAUCUCUGUAUAAAACAAAUGGUAGAAAUUCUAGAAAAGGGAAUAUACAAAUUUCCAAUCAGCAAUUGCUUGGACAAAGUUCUUACCAAAUCAAAGAUGAGCUCAAUUAUGAUUCUGAUGAAACAGAUUUUUUUGAGGACACAGGCCAUUCAGAGGUUAACUUUUACCAUGGUAGAACAUAUUCUUCAUGUUUGAAGGCUACAAGAGAUUUUAGCCGAAGCUACAGUUAUUUUAGUGAUUAUGGAAAUGAUUCUUCCAAGAUUUCUCCCCUAAACAGGGAUUCGGAUAAGAUAUUUCAUGUUGAUCGGAAUGCAUACUGGGACGGAUCUUCAUUCUACCAAAAGUACAGUUCACGUCUUCGUGGCAUGGGUCCAAUGUUGUUUGAUGUUGACUUGAAGGUCCAGGCUAGCUACCAGGGAGAGCAUGUUCCUCUUGUGUCCUUAAUGAGCAGACUGAAUGGCAAAGCAAUUGUUGGGCAUCCUGUUCAAAUUGAAAUACUUGGAGAUGGUUCCACUGAUAACUUGGUUUCUUGUGGCAAUAUUAGUUUGGAAGGGAGAACUGGAGGUCAACCUGCUUGGUGUACAGGCAGGAGGACUGCCAUGCAAAGAAUUCCCCGAUCUAACCCUUCGGGGGCAUCAUUGGAUGGUGAUGAUGAAGGUAGUUUUGCAUAUCCAGACUCAGAGAUGAAACCAGGAUUUAGAAAAUACUCAGCCUCAAAUCAUCAGGUAAAGGUUGAUAAGAAAAGCACCUCAAAUGCUAGGAGGCCGUCAGCGUUUAAAUCUCAAAAGAAGGCAUCCAAGAAAGCAAGCCUGUCAAGUCAGAAGGUCCGAACCCUCUCUUCCAUUUCCACUGGAAAAAGGCAUCAUGGAGUAGGUGGUCAGGCAAAAGCACAUAGGCACAGUGGCAUUUUUGGUGGCUUGAUCAGAAUAGGAGGAGCAGUUCCACUUGUCACAUGUGUCCCUGCGAAGGUUGUGUUUACCAGGAUAUUGGAAGCUGUUGGCAGGCCACCUCUCGCUGUUGCUCACCGUGUUCGAAUGGCUAGUCCUGCCUUACGAGAUCCUUCAUAGGCGUCAACUGUGAUGUUAAAUAUCUCGUGUUAAUUUGCUAGCCUGGACCUGCAAUUUCGUGUACAUUCCCUGCUAAUCGAAGAUGUGGGUUUUCCAGUCAUUUGGGCUAAAGUCAGUAAAGAGAAAAUUGGCAUGGUUACUUCACUAUAACUUGGGAACAGCUGAUAACUAAUUAGCAGCGUGACAUGUAAAGAUCAACAGGGCUUGUAUAUUUCUAACUGGAGGUUGAGAGCCCUUAGGCUUUCAUCAUACAGUAGUGGAGCCAAUGACUUCCAUGGAAGGGAAAUUCUUUGCAGAUCAACUAGUGUUGGUAACUAUAAAAUGGCUUUUGGCAUAUCUGUCUCCUGUAAAGUACUAACUUCAGCAUUUUAGGAUGUCUAUUUUAGCUAAUCUUAUGCAUCAUCUCAUAGUCAAUAGUUCAUAGUUUCUCUGAUGUCAUGUAUAAUCCCUCAGUUAUAUUCAGAUUUGCCUGCUAUUUACUGUCCAAAGAAUUAAUAGUUUCUUCGACUGUAUGUUCUGUUUAUAAGCAUGUGUAGCAAUUCGAUGUAAUAUAUCAUAACUGUAACACCAGUUGAUGUUAACAAUGUAGUUUUUUUCUCUGUA